AUGUCACCGAGAAAGUCACUGCACCAUGGCCAGGUCAAGGGAACUGCUUUGCCGUCAGCCUACAUACUCGCUGCGAACACCAAUUCAGCUCAGCAGCGUUACACGGUUCCAAAUUCAACAUCCAUAGUAACCGAACUGGCCGCGAAUAGUUACACAACACCAACAAAACCCCAUUAUCCGAUCAAUAUUACAACUCCUAACGGGUCACCCUCCCUUUCGAGUCCGUGGAUCCCCGUCCCAUGUUGCGAAAAUACCCCUCAUGGACCAGGACAGGCACAGAGUGGGGGUGGGGAAGACCACGAGCACGAGCACGAGCUCACCAAUCGGUCACCAAAAGGCGUUGCAUUUAUGCUAAACCCGUUUCGACUCGGAAGUUUCCCGAAAGAUGUACGUAGUAGUAGUGGUACUUUGUGUGGAAUUGGAAUCUAUCUAUGUGAUGUGAGGUCUACUUGGAAUAUGCUGGAACGCGAAUAG